AGGAGACGCACCUCGCUUAUCCACGCCCACGCCACCGAUGAUCUCCAACACCACGCCUAACGAAGCAGGGAAGGCGACCCCCCAAACGCAGCUUGACAGCUAUCGUCCGACGCGCUCAGCGCACCCUGCAAAGCACCCUCUUCCGCCUAUCAUCACACCGGACAGCGCAAUACAGCGAAGCGCGCUACCCCAGCCACCACGAUCGCCCGGUAACCCUGUCGUCAUUCAGCCGCAGAGGCGCACCUUCCGACUGCUGCAGCCAGCAGCUCUCGUGACACUCGCGGGCAGGAUACGGCCAGCUGGCCUUACGUACUUUGUCAAGGCACGUACCCGUAUCGUGCUUUGUUACACCCUCAUGUGCUGGGAGAGCUGUGCUACCCUCCCGCAGCGAAUCGAGCGCCGCUCCAAAGGGUACUGACGUUCGAGGGCAGGGAUUGGGAGCGGGAAGGGGAGCGGGAGGAGAAAACAUGGACGAAACUGAUAAAUUGCGUAUGAUGGAUGGCAGCGGCGUCCCGUGAAUAGUCUCCCGGAUGUCCGGUUUAUCCCGCAAGUACUUGAUGGUCACGCAUGGGAGGAGGAGGCCAGGCGCGCCCAGGCCAACCCAGGCUUUGGGUGACCGUAGUGGACGCUUAACUUGCAUUUGAACAAAAUAUCUAUCCUUCAUAAACCGGGC